CAUGCGCAGUGGCACAAGUAAAAAGGCAAAGAGGCAUAGCUAGCAGCAGCAACACUGCAAUGGCUUUAGCUAUUCACUCGGCGGGCCUUUGUCUCUUCGCCCCCACUGGUAAUAGUAACACCAAUCUCUUCCUUUUCAGAAACUGUAGCAGGAUAAUUCUAACCCAGAAGAAAUGCAAACGAGAAAUUUCAUGUUGUUCUCUAGACCCCUUUCCACAAAGGAGGAUUUACAGAAGGGAUUUGGCUUUGGUGGUGUUGGGCCUCUCUUCGGUGUCUAUAACUUUGCCAUUUUCUGCGACUCUUGCUGAUGAAGAACUGAAAAUGGCUUCGUUCGUGGAUGAAAUAAAUGCUUAUUCUUAUUUGUUCCCUGUGGAGUUGCCAUCUAAGAAGUUUCUCUUCAAAUGGGUAGAAUCCAGAAAGCCAGAACGAUAUUCAUCAGCUGCACCACUUUCUCCUGAUGCUCGCUUGCGCAUUGUGUCUGAGCGUGUUGAUAUUAUCGAUAAUCUCAUAAUCUCUGUUACGAUUGGUCCACCAAAUUCAAAGAUCAUAAAAUCAAAGGAUAAGAGUAUGUGGACUGCAAAAGAUGUUGCUGAUUCAGUUUUGUCUGACAAGUCCGCGCUGCGAGUCACCUCAAGCCAGCGCUUAGCUGAGAGUUCAGUUCUUGAUACACGUACUAGUGAAAUUGAUGGUGAGCAUUAUUGGUAUUAUGAAUACCUUGUUCGGAAAUCACCAACAAAGCUAGCCCAAGAAUCAAGUAUCUAUCGGCACUAUCUUUCAUCAACAGCUGAAAGAGAUGGUUAUCUGUAUUCUUUGAGUGCUUCAACCCUCAGCACACAGUGGAAAAAAAUGGGACCUUUCCUUGAAAAAGCAGUGAAUUCUUUCCGUCUAGUCAGUCCUACAGAAGAUUAUGUUCCUCCAUACAAAGAUCCAUGGAGAUUUUGGUAAACACCCCAAAUUUUGUUGAUUUUUUAGGCUAUCAUAAUCUCUUUUUGCCCUGAUUAAUGCAAAAAUGAGUAUUGUAUCAUAUUCUUUGGGUUCCCACAUGUAAAGAUUCUUCAGUUUCAUCGUUCCCACUA